AGCAGCAGCACCAUAAACAAGCGGAGAAGAAGACGCCACAAUAACAGAAGUCUAAAAUGGAGGAAUCUGUGUUUGAGCUAAUUCUGUCUCCUUCAGGUUCUUAACAAGACGACACUUGACAGUCAUUUGUGUCACAACUGGCACACAGUCGUGACACAAAAUCGAGACGAGGGUUCAACUGUCUGUCUACAUUUCCCGCGUUAUCUCUCUGAUAGUGUUAAUAGUGUACGUAAGUGGUGCUAACCUGCCAGCUAGCUCCAGCUGAAAGAUCAAUAUAAUCGAUAGCUGCAUUGAGGUGUGAGCAGAUUGGGUCCUUUUGAAGACAAUAAUAAGGCCGCAACAAACAGUGGUUAUGGAGGUGGGUGAGAUGGAGAUGAGAAUGUCGGCGCUCCAGAAGUCUGGGAAACAAGGAAAUGAGAGAGAAACACAAUCUGAUGAAGACAGAGAUUAUGAUGAAAAUAUGUCUGAUUCCCCAUGUGAGUCCGUUGAGUCCACAAAUGAAACUCCCAGCAAGAAGACACAACUUGAGGAUGGUUCAGACUCUCUCAGUGUAAUAAAAAAAGCAGUGGUGGUCUUGACCAGACUCCCUGAAUAUAAGAUCAGCGCUCUGCGGCCACCAACGCCUCAGCAGUUCUACAGUGAAGAUGAAUCCUCCAGCAGCUCUGAUUCUGAUAUGGAGUGGGAACCAGAGGUAUCAGUGCCAGCGCCCAUAAUUAUAUCAUCAGCUUUUGCCUAUUGCUCUAAUGAAAUCACGAAGGUCCGUCCUAACUUGCCAGAAGAAGAGGUGAAAGUGGGCAUGAUGGUCCUGGCGAGGAAGAGGCACAUGAGAUGGCAACGGGGAAGAAUAGUGGAGAUGGUAACGAAGGAAGAUGGACGGUUGAAGUACAAAAUUCAUUUUGUAGAAAAGGGGAAGAGCCUUGUGUCUGGCCACCACAUCGCCUUUGACACCACACCGAAGCUGGAGCAGCUGUAUGUCGGCGCUCGCGUGGUUGUCAAGUUUCAAGAUGACAAAUUCCAGGCGGGUAUCUUGGCAGAGCUCCCCACCAGAAAGAACCGCUUAAGGUUCUUGGUCUUUCUGGAUGAUCACAUUCCGGUUUAUGUUGGUUUACCUUUACUCCACCUGGUGUGCAGACCGUUGGAAAAUUCUGUAGAUGACAUCCGCGACAGCACUCACAGGUGUUUCAUGAGUCGAUACCUGAGGGCCUGGCCCUACCCACAUUUAACCCAGUACAGUGCUGGUCAGAGCCUUAAUGCAGAAUUAAAUGGAGUCCAGCAGAGGGGUGAGGUUCAGGAAGUCGACAGCAGCUUGAUACAUGUUGUUUUUCAGGAUAAUCAACAUAAGGAGUGGAUCCAUCGAGGCUCCUUCCGACUUGAACACAUGGAAAGAUUUUUGGAAAUGAAAGAUAUAGAGUUGUACCUGGAUGAUUCUGACUAAAGCCCACAGACACAGAUAUUUAAAAAAACAAGUUUUCAGUAAUAUCCAUCAUUAUCACCCUAAAGUGGUGGUAGCAUUGUUUUGGGAAAAAUUAACUGAGCCACUUCAGCCCAAAAUGAGAUGUGCAAUUAUCAGAGGUUUGUACAGGAAUAACUUGAGCUAGACUUUUGUUUACAAUCUGAUUUUCUUAAAUUAUAAAGUAGAAAAGUUGUUCGUCAUUAUGCAUAAAAUGCACACAAUGGUGAGACGUUUUUAUUUUAAUUUCGUCUAGAAAUAUGAAUUUAUCUUAAAACUGCUUUUGGCAGCAUAGUCAAGCAGCUGUAAAGUGAAACAAGCAAAUAUGCAACAUUCGCUUGCUCUUAUUUUUUUUAUGGCUGCAUAAUAUUGGAAAAAAAUGUACAGUGCAAUAUUUUUUUUCUAACCCAUCAAAUCGACAUGCACAGCAUUUAUAGCAAAACACCCAGAGAGAGAAGGCUUACAAACCUUGAAGGUGAGACCACCUGACCUACAUACAGGUACAUCAGGGCAUACGCUCCAUUCAAGGCCUUUGUGUUCUACGCUGUGGAUGUACCAGGGUACAGCUGUAGUUCGACUGCCCACAAGUGAACUGCUAAAUGGCAACAUGGGAUGGUUGUUCAGCGGUAAGCACUGUUUCCUGGUCAUGAGUUUGAAUCCCGGCCAGGGCAUGGCCUCUCUGUGUGGAGUUUGUAUAUUCUCCGCGUGUACGUUAUGUUAAUUCUCCAGUCCCUUGACCAAGGCACUGGCCCAGAUCUGGAGCUGGUCCCUUGGUGCCGUCUGGCGACUCCUAGAACUUAAUUUAACUUAAUUUAAUUUAAACCUUGUAACUGUCAGUGUUGAUACAGAAACCAAGAAAGGAAGUGACAACUAAGAAAAAUGUACAGGCAAAAAAACCCGACAAAUCCACAAAAAAAGCAUAUGAACUAGUGCAAAGCUAAAGAAUCCGUGUAUCAUUUGUUCUUUUCAUACCAAAAAACAAAUAACGGUUCAUUUUUUGUACUUUCUAUUUAUUGCUCAGAUCAAAAUAGGAAAUUAAAUAACGGGCCACGGAUCGAUUUGGAUUUGGAUAUUUGAUUUGUCCGAUUUGUGUGAACCAAAAGUUAUUGUCUUCUUCGUGUGUUGCACUUGGAAGUUUGCUGCAAUUUCACAAAGCCUGAAAAAACUCAAUCAUGAGUGAUUGUACUCUGUAUUUUUUGAGUAAUUUCGUAUCGACACCAUGGCCGCACUGGAACCAUAUGCUGAUUUAAUUAAAGACUUAUUUGAAACUGGCAAGACACAUAUAGAGAUUUCUACUAAGCUGCAGCAGAUGGGUAAACAGCGAUGUUCUGAAAUGAGUGUAAGAAGUAGGGGUGGGCGUAUCAAUCUAAAUAUCGAUAGUAUCGAUACCAAGAUGAGUAUUGGUAUCGGAUCGAUACUACCGUGAUGAGAUCGAUACUUUUGUUGCACUGUCUCUCUGAGUUCAUGCGAGCACAGCGUCUCUCCAAGUCUGAGUGCUGCUCCCGUCACAGCGCAGAGCACAGCCAGGCACUCCUCUCCCGUCGGAUGGAGCAGCAGGAAAGGAGCGCCGCAACGCACCCCCCCGUUGGACGGACCAGCGGGGGUAUCGGUAUCGGUAUUGGUAUCGGCGAUACUGACUGGUAUCGGAUCGGUAUCGGAUCAAUACCAAAUCUUGCGGUAUCGCCCACCACUAGUAAGAAGAUUAACGUUAGUUAAACUGAAGAAGUGAAUCAAGCUGACGAGACAAUAACUUCCUGUUCAUACAAAGCGAAAAAAUUUAAUAUCAAAAUCGAUCUGAGUUUUUUUGGAAGCUGGAAUGACAGGGUUUGACAGCAUUGUAAAUGCUCUUUGUUGACCUCUAAUACUCUUCAGUUGUUAUGAUUUCAUUUGAAUGUGUAAUAUUUGUUUUGAGUCUUUUCAUGCGCUAAAAUCUUGAAAAAAAAAGUCUAACCAAACAAGUUAGUGAUUCUUUAACGAGUCAGCAGAAUUUUCAUUCUUGGUCAUUUGGAACCAUUUAGCUUGUAAUCCACAUUUUCUCAUUAAUAUCCAAUUUAAUUCCCACUCAUUUAACUGCUUUGUAUAGUAUUCUGUGUUAUUAUUUUGUAAGUUACUAGGUAAACACAAGUUUUACAUUGUCAUUUGAAAGUGUGUCCAGCCUCAUUUCUAGAGAUGUAUUAAAAAUAACCUAAUUUCUCAA